UGAGCGGCCGAGCUAAAAUUGAGGCCUGAGAUAAAGAGGAGGUGCUAAGGUUAAAGUGGAGCAAAGAGGGAGAGGCCCGGAAGGAGCUGGGAGCCCCCGAAUGAAGAGCGCAGCUGAAGCUCAGAUUUGGGCUAAGAUAACGCAGCCUAGAGCUGAGGGAGGGGGGAGAUUGGGCAAGCAUGAGGCGAAGUUAAGACCUGGACUGGGGCGAAGCUGAGACUGGUGUUUACGGUGGACUCGGCCAAGCUGAGGUUCAGAGUUGGACUUCUGCAAGGAAGAGUCUCGUAGGGACGAAGAACGAGGCUGAGAGAUAUGUGGGUCAGGACCACACUGAGGAUUGAAAGGUGGACUAAGGAAAAAACUGAGGACGAUGCCAGCUCGUGGGACGAGAGCUGCACCUAUAUAAACAGGUUACCCAGCUGGGAGAGAGGACAUCCGCUGGCUGGUGUGGCGUCCAGCACUGACGCGUCUACCUUCUCCUCUGGAGGUGAAUUCGAAGAAGAUGCGGACAGGUGCUGCUGGGAACACAAAAAGUGCACCAGGCACAUCAUCCAUCCCUUCACCUCUGACUAUGGCCACCACGAUGUGCACCUGCACUCUAUCAGCCACUGUGACUGUGGCUCCAGGCUGAAGGACUGCUCAGAGAAGACAAAUAGCAGCUCCGCAGAGGUGGGCCCAACCUGCUCCCAAGAUGCGGACUCGGACUGUUUCAACAUCAUCCAGUCCCCAUGCUUUGAGCUCAUCCCAGAGGAAGAGUGUGUGGAGCGAUUCUGGUAUGGCUGGUGCAAAAGCUACAGGCCUGUCUCUGUGGCAGUGAUCCACCAUCCCAUCCACCAUGAGUGUGGGGCAGAUGACCUAAACCAAGAAGAGGAGGAGGAGGAGGAGGAAGAAAGCCAGCCUCCCAUCCCGACCCAGGUGGGGCCCACCCGCACCGACACAGCCAUGGGCAUGGUCAUGGGUACCCCUGACUCAGCAGCUCCCAUCACCAUCUGGCGUUCCGAAAGCCCCACAGGGAAGUCCCAGGGCAACAAGGUGAUCAAGAAGAUAAGGAAGAAAAAGGAAAAAGAGAAAGACAAGGAGGAGGAGACGGACGAAAAGGCAAAGGUGAAGAAAAAAGUCAAGAAGGGCAAGUUGACUAAGAAGAAAAGCCCAGUUAAAUCGGAAUCACCUCCAGACUUAAGCCGAUCGUUAAGCCCAAGAGAGUUGGCCAGGAUGUCACAGUCCAGCCCAGAGAGCCGGCAAGAUCUGGAGAGUGAGGACAGUUACAAUGACCCUGGGCGGGAGGAACCCUCCAGUGAGGACAUGGUGGAGUCUUCAUCACCCAGGAAGAGAGAGAAGAACGGGGUCCAGGCCAAGAAGCCGGGGACGAAGACCUCACCCGUCAAGAAGAUCAACAAGAGGAAAUCUCCCCCAGCAUCAAACCCCAAUCUCAGUUGAGGCCAGGGCAACCAGGGUGAAGAAUAAAUGCGAUCAAGCCUGUAGCUGACCCCCUGCUUCUCUCUCCCUCCAACCUGGCAACUUCUGGGGGAAGGGGGCGGGCUCUGGGCAUAGCUGGAGCCGAGGGGCUAAGGAGCUGCAGGGGUUUCUGCAGGGCAAUCCGUCUUCCAAGAGGAAGUCCAUAGAAGGUAGGUGGAAGGCAGGGAUAGGCGGAAGGCAGGGAAAGGGGCACAGUCUGUUUCUCUGCAACAUCCUAGGUCUGGGGCAGAAGAGCACAUCCGGGUGGGAAGGCGGCUUCCUGUCUACUGGCAGACAGGUCUGUGUGAAAUCCACUUGGUGAUGGGCAGUACUGUGUGCAGUUAUACCCCUAAUAAAU